AUGAAAACAAGUAGAAGUGUUGAAAAACGGAAAAAAACGGAAGGGGAUCAGAUUACUGUAGGCGACGGUGCAAUGUUCGUGUUUCUUUCCACUGGUUUUGGAGGCUAUGGGGAAUAUGGCUUUGUUGGUCUUUUGCUCUUUUUCAUUGGAUGUCUUCUAGUCCUAUUGCUUAGCGUCAACAGUUUUUUGUAUCGUUAUAUUUUAUUGUGCAGGAACGAUCUUGCAUUUAUCUACACUAAGAAACGAUAUUUGGUACUAGUAUUUGCUGUUAAUUCUCUAAUUGUCGCCGACUGGACGCACAGUACACUUCGAACAAUGCCCGCAACUGCAGAACUCACCAGAAGUUUUCGUCAAAGUGUACUCCGUAUUGUACAGAUCGACAUCACCUAUACGGCACAUUUUGGAUACGAUCAAACGGUGAUGGGAAAGAGUCCAAUCGGGAUUUUCUGCAUGUUACAAUUCUUCAUCAUAAUGGUACUCGUCUUCAACACAAUUGUUUAUUGCAUUUACAAAAUUAUGAGAACGCUAAAACGUGCGGCAAUCAGUGAGAAUUCAAGAAAACUGCAUUCACGAAUGUUCAACCUUCUUAUCCUACAGAAAGCACUUACUAGUAUUCUUUUUUGA